GUUUAGGCUCUUGCGCAGCUCCAUCUACCAAGACUAGAAUGGACUCGCCGUCGUACAGCGACUACAAAUUUGUGGGUCGCGUGGAUCACGUGAAGACCUUUAACACGGCCAUCAAAUCGAUUUGCUUCAAUGAUUAUGCCGUUCUUCAUAUCUCCGACGAGGGACUGCGCAUCACCGUGGAGCAGGGCAGGUCGCUCCAAGCCACUCUCUUUAUGCCUCCGGGUGCCUUUACGGAGUUCCAUGUGCAGGACUUUCAAAGCUUUGGCUUGAAAUUGAACGACCUCUCGGAAUGUCUGAAUCUAUUUGGCUCGGCCGACUGCAGCAUCCGGAUGAUGUACAAGGACCAGGGCGAAUGCCUGUAUCUUAUUCUGUACCCGUACGACGACGAGGAUGUGAGCACAGAGUGCGCCAUCAAGACAAUGGACUGCGAGGAGCCCAUCGACCACGACAUGAACCUGAAAGGCACAGAUCUGAACGUUAUUUUCGCCCGCGGCCCAAACUUGUACAAGAUCUUCCAUGAACUGGAUAAGUCAGCGGAGGAGUUCGAGUUCAUCACUUCGCCCGAUAGUCCGUACUUCAAAAUUACCACCGUUGGCGUGCUGCAGGCGGUGUUUAGCGUCGAGGUGGCCAAAACCAGCUCCAUGAUGAUGAUGUUCAACUGCCGCCAGACUGUGACGGCCAGAUAUAAGAGCCAGCAAAUACGGCUCACAAAUAAAGCCAUGCAGGCGGCCACCAAGGUGGCCAUCAAAACAAAUUCCAUCGGGCUACUGGAGCUGCAUCUCGUGAUACAAGGAGAGGGUCAGGAAGAAAUCUUUGUUCAGUUUUAUGUGAUUCCAUUGCUAAAUAGUGUCGAUUAGAUUCUAUCUAUUAAAAAUCGCGUAUAGACGUAAAA